AUGGAUACACGAACACCCAGCCCCGUGCAGCGGAGCAUCAGCACGGAGAGCACGAAUAAUGACGAUGACGCAUACAAACCAGAUCUGAGCGCCGAGGUGGCCAUGCUCAGCACGAAGCUCGUGAAUGCCAUCAACUAUCAGACGAACCUCGACGAUUCAUUACAGCACACGCGACAUGAACUCGAACAGGAAAGGCAAUUACGGACGACGGCUGAGGCGGACAAGGCGAGACUGGAUGGCAUGCUCUCGGCUGGAUUGCUACUGAAGAAGGCGGAUGUGGAUAAGACCAUUGCUAAACUCAGAGGCGAGCUGGCGAGUGAGCGUGCAGCACGAGAUGCUGCGGAAAAGGCGAAGAAGCAGACUGAGGGAGAACUGGAAAACUUGACGAGUGCUCUUUUCGAAGAAGCGAACACCAUGGUCGCUGCUGCGCGGAAAGAGACUGAGAGUGUUGAGAAGAGAAAUGCACAGCUCAGAAGCCAACUUCAGGACACCGAGAUGCUUCUUGCGUCGCAGCAGGAGCAACUUCAGGAUCUCAAGGCCACCAUGGAGAAGCUGCAGGCCGAAGCGACACCAACUCGAGAUCUGAGCAUUCCUUCGACACCAGUCACAAACAGUACGGCUGUCUUCGAUGCGCUCCAAAUAUCACCCAACACGACCACCACACCCGAUCUACAUCCUGAACACCCUCUACAUUUCUCGCAAUUGAUUUCACCGGUGCUUAGAAACGACAUUACUGAAUAUGCCGAUUUCCAGGACUUGCUACUACUCGGACGCCGCAUGGGGUUGCACUCUCGAACAAACAGCAGCAACAACACUGCAAACCAACAAUCAUCCGGACAGAGCACUUAUACCAUGGCGGCAGCAUCUGCCUCGUCACCAAACCUACCUGGCUCAUUCUCCUUCGCCAACUCGAGUCCAUCGUCAAGCUCACCAAACAUGCCAGCUCUGAAAGAAAGCAAGUUCUACAAGCGCGCCCUUGCAGAAGACAUCGAGCCUACGCUCCGACUGGACCUGGCCCCUGGACUCUCAUUUUUGAGUAGACGAACAGUUGUGGGCUCGUUGUUGAACGGCACGCUGGCUGUAGAACCUUACCCGCAGAGCAAGCACUACUUUGCGUGUACACUGUGUGGUGAAAGCAAGAGGGGAGAGCCAUAUGUUCGGAAGUUCCGAUUCCGCACAUCUGAGGACGACAACGUCUCGAAGCCUCUCUGCGACUACUGCGUUUCGAGAGUCAGAUCCACGUGCGACUUUGUGGGGUUCUUGAGAAUGAUCCGAGAUGGUCACUGGAAGUGCGAUACAGACGAGGAGCAGAAGGGUGCUUGGGAAGAAGCUGUACGUUUGCGCGAGAGAAUGUUCUGGGCUCGCCUCGGUGGAGGAGUGGUUCCCUGCUUGCAAAUGGCACAGAGAGGCGUGCCAGCUACGCCGACCUCGGCUGCUGGUGUCAAGAGUGCGCGGCAAAGUCUGGAAAGCAUACCCGAGCGGAAAGCAGCAGCCGCCGCUCAAUCCUCGAUGGGCUCGGAGGGGUCAGGAGACAAUGCGACCGUUUCAGCUGAGGAGCAGCCAAGGAGUAUCAGCCAGGCCUUCGUCAACAUGUCCUCUGGGGCUGCAGCGGUGUCGACACCAGAGCUACAACCGACACACGAAGGUGCUACGGAAGAUCCGCGCUUUAUCACGCCACCGGUUAGCCGGGGACUAGACGUCGAAGAAGACGAGGAGGCGGAUCCUGGUGCUCUCUCACCACAACCAGAAACACCAUUUGAGGACGCAAAUCAGCAGCUGGAGGACUCGCUGGCUAAGGCUGCAGCCAAAGCUGAAUCGAACGACGAACCUGCUGCAGAUGAUACUCGCAACGUCGAGGCCCAAGUGCUCGCCGUUGAUGAGUCCGAAACAUCCCAGGAGCCGGAAAACGCGAACGACGAGUCUCUGCAGGUACCCGCUCCUGAACAACGAGAGUCUCAAUCAGCCAGGAGCUCUCUCUCGGUCGAACGACCACCUAACCACGAGCGUAAGAGCUCGUCGGUGCUCGCACGCGUACGAGCCAUGGAGAACCAACAACAAUAA